AUGGCAGCAGCUACAAAUACUGUUUUCGUUUGCGGUGCCACUGGCAGCCAGGGAGGAGCCUUGGCCCUCAAAAUCUGCAAGCAGCUAAAUUGGGUCGUUCAUUCGACAGCCCGCAAUAUUGCAUCUCCUGCGGCGAUCUCCCUUCUCGAAGCCGGUGUGAAGCUUACACAGGGAGAUUGGGACGACAAAGCAGCACUCAAGGCAGCACUAACCGGCUGUGAUAAACUAUUUCUCUGUUUGCUACCGGAUUUCAAAGAUUCAGACCGCGAACGGCGGCAGGCAGAGGGCAUCAUCACGGCGGCCAAGGCUGCAGGAGUCAGCCAAGUUGUAGCGUCAACUUCACUGGGUGUUUUUACACUGGACGAUGACCACCUUGAGCUUGAGGUCCAGAAACAUCUCACUCCUGACUCAUUUAUGGCACGACAUAUUGCGAGCAAGAAAAGUAUUGAGACUGCUGUUAGAAACGCUGGCUUCGAACACUGGACCUUCCUCCGCCCUUCAUUCUUCAUGGCCAACUUUCUGGAGCCCAAAGUGGCACGAUAUCCUGAGCCCAGGGAACAUGGUACCUGGACCACAGCAAUGACACCACACGCCCAACUCGCAUUAAUCGAUCAUGUUGACAUUGCGGCAUUUGCUAUUGCUGCAUUUCAGAACCCUCAAAAGUUCCACGACCGUGCAAUUGGAUUGGCCAGUGAGAUGUUGACUGUGCAGGAAACUCUAGAAAUUCUGGGGCAAGCGGCAGGGAGGGAACUCAAAGCCAUAUUUAUGACGGAUGAAGAUAUUCGUGAAAAGCAGAAAACUUCGAAUGUAUUUACUAAUUCUCAGGUGUCUAUGAGGUAUAUGUCCAAGUAUAUUGACCUGGAGAUGAUUCAGUCAGUCAUUCAACCUACCUCUUUCAGGGAGUUCCUAGAAAGGGAAAAGGAAGGAGUGCGAGAAACUUAUAAAUAA